AUGAUGGUUCCUUUUCUUUUUCAACUCAACGAGGUCUUGGAAAUGGUUGAAAUCGUGUAUAAGAUGAACUAUAUUCGAAAAGAAGAACAAAUAACAAAUGAAUGGAUAUCAUACACAAAAAAUUUAAGCAUAAAUAUCAAUUUGGAAGCCGCUGAAUAUGCAGAUAUUCUUCUUGUUGAUGUUGUUGAUAUUUAUAGAAAUUUACCAUCUAAAUUGCUCAAGUUCUAUAAUUGGUUAUCUUCCAACCAUGAAUACUCAUAUGUUCUGAAAACAGACGAUGAUAUUGUGAUAGACAUUAAUCGUUUGCUUCAAAAAUUAAAGGAUGAUGUACUAUUUAAUUCAUCCAGCAACUGGCUGCUGAGCAGAUUUAGAAAAGAAUGGCCUGUUAAUUAUAUUGGCAAAUGGGCUGAUUAUGACUACCGCUCACCAAUAUAUCCGUCAUUUCCUUGUGGAGCAGCUUACAUUUUAUCCAGAAACGUGGUUUCUUGGUUACACGACAAUUCAGACCAACUUUUCCCUUACCAGGGUGAAGAUGUUUCAAUGGGUAUUUGGUUAGCUGCCAUAAAGCCUGAAUAUAUAGACGAUGAAAAUUUUGAAUGUGAUUCAAGGUGCCAUUACCUCAGCUACAACAGAGCUCAGCUGACUCCAGAACAAAUAUAUGAUGUUUGGUCAGCCUAUGAAAAAUGUAAUAAUUUAUGUUCAUGUAAAUAAAAAAAAAGUUUAAAACUAAAUAAAGUG